AUGUCCACAUUCCGCACCCUCAUCCUCGACCUCGGCGACGUCCUCUUCACCUGGUCCGCCGAGACCACGACCGCGAUCCCCCCGCGCCAGCUCAAGGCGAUCAUGGACUCCCCCACCUGGCACGACUACGAGCGCGGCCGCCUCGCGCAGGCCGCCGCGUACGCGCGCGUCGCCACCGAGUUCGCCGUGCCCGCCGCCGCCGUCGACGAGGCGUUCCGGCAGGCGCGCGGCUCGCUCCGCGCGAACGGCGCGCUCCUCGCGCUCGUAAGGGACCUCAAGGCGCGCCGCGGCCUCCGCGUCUUCGCGCUCUCGAACAUCUCCCGCCCCGACCUCGACUUCGUCCUCGCGCUCGACACGGACUGGGCCGUGUUCGAUGGGGUGUAUGGGUCCGCGGCGAUCGGGGAGCGCAAGCCGGACCGCGCGGCGUACGAGAGGGUGCUGGAGGACGCGGACAUCGACCCGGCGACGGCGGUGUUUGUGGACGACAAGUUGGAGAAUGUGGAGGCGGCGAAGGCGCUGGGGAUACAUGGAAUUGUUUUUGACAAGCAGGAAGGUGUGUUCGCGGCGUUGCGAAAAGCUUUUGGGGAUGAGGUGGUAGAGGGAGCGCCAGAGAGCAUAUAG